AUUUACAGAAUUUGCAGAAUAAUGUUCAUUCCACUUGAACUUUAAGCGCACGGCAGAAUGACUCUUGAGAAUAAAUUUACGAUAGCACCAGAUGCUGUUGUUUGUAAGGAAGCGAUUCUGGAAGGUGAUAUAACGAUUGGUUCAGGUACCGUUGUUCAUCCGACAACCGUUAUACGCGCUACAAAUGGACCGAUCAUUAUUGGAGAAAAUAAUAACAUCGAGGAGACCUGCGUUAUUGAAAACUUGAGCGAAAAUGGCGAAACUCUAUUAAUCGGCCGUGACAAUGUUUUUGAAAUCGGAUCUGUUGUUCAUGCACUGAAGAUUGGUGAUAAUAAUGUUUUUGGUGUACGAUGCCAGGUCGGCCCAAAUACAACAGUUACACGAGGCUGCUUCAUUGGAACCAAAUGUACGGCAAUGCUACGAGAAGAGCUACCAGAAAACACCGUAAUUUACGGUAAAAAUAAUAGUCGGCGUGUAGCACAAGAUCCACCGCAGCUCCAAACAAGCCAAUUGGAAUAUUUAAGGAAGGCACUCGAAAGAUUCCAUUACUUGAUAAAAUCAUCAUAAUGGCUCACUUCCAUUUCUCUUAUAAUGAUCCCCGAUGCAAAAAUUUAAAAAGCAGGGAUUCUUUUUUCAAAGGACGACUGAAUAUGACUUAAUCUGAUGAACUUUUUGCAAUAUCUUCCAUUAACAGAAGGC